AUGGCAGCGAGGGACGCUGGGCGGUGGGCAGGCGCGGAGGGAUCCGGCACAGCCCCUGCCCCACUCGGGACCCGUAGACCUUCCACUGGGUGCUGGGCCUGUAAACGGGGAGCCGGAGCCCUCUUCCCAAGGGCUGCCCGAUCCCUGUGCCCACAGGCAGCCUCUUCUCUUCCGGAGAGGGAAGCACCUGAUGAAAGUGAAGACAUCAUUGCUGCUGCUCAGUGCAUCUUGGACAGAGAGUAUUAUUUAGUGAGGGAGGUGGACAGGUAUUUAAAGCACAACAAUUUCUUACAUCUGAGAAAGAAGGAGAUGCUGUACAAGAAAUGGCUUGAGAGUGUUUUGGAGCCCCUGCUGCAGAAACUUAUGGAGAAAAUGGACAGCCAGUCAAGUGAAGAAAUAGAGAAAAGGAGAGCAGAACAACUCUCUCUCUAUUUAAACUACUGUAAUAAGAAGGGCUAUGCAGCUUUGGAAGAUUAUGACCCAUCAGAGUAUGAUCCUUUCUUCUUGAAGACACAUACAGACUGCUGGAAGGUUUCCAUACCAGCUUUACAAGAUCCCCUGUUACAAGACAUUGAAAGACAGUUCAUUGAGAUGGGCAUUAUCUACCAGUGUGAGACAGGAAGACCAUGCUCUGCCAGGGAACUGAAGGAGCUCACAGAGCUGCUGUCCCUGCUUCCUUUGAGCAGGCAGUGGAUGGAUGCUGUGGAGUGGCUGAAGAUCCCACCCUCCUACAUUGCAAGUGAGGCUCACCGCACAAAGAGGAUGAAAUUCCUCAACCACCACAAAGAUGCUGAGAGCCCAUGAUGUCCCCUCUCCACCAGCUGACUGC